AUGGAGAUUUUAUUUAAGCUCUCCUCUGUCAGUUUCCUCGCUCAGCCCGGGCAGGAAGGGGCAGCCCGACACGGCCGCGCACGCCGCAGGACUCGUGUCACCCUCUCCUUCCCUCAGGCCCCAGGUACCCCGCGGUGGAGCUUUCCCCGGCGCACAGGAAAGCCGCCGCGGCCCCCUCAGGCCCUGCCGCCACCAGUCCCAGCGGCACCUGCCGGCACCGCGGCUGGGCAGGGUGAGGCUGGGCUGGGUGAGGCUGGGCUGGGCUUGCUCUGCGCGGCCCCCGGGCCAGCAGAGGAGCGAGUGGGCGGGAGGCCGGGCCGUGCCUGCCCCGCCCCGCCGCCUGAAGCGCGGCGCUCUCCGCUCCACACUAGGCUGGAGAGCGUCGGGAGCCGCAGGAUUACGGCGGUGGCUCCGCGGGAAGGGCUCGGCUCGAGGUGGGCAACUUCGGGGAACAAAGUUGGGCUGAGUGCCCGGCGGGGCCCGCCCGGGGUCGCGCUGUGGAGGAGGCUGCCCCCCGCGGCUGCCCUCAGCCCUCCCGGCCCGAGAAGCGGGGGGACUGAGAGAGGGACCUGCGGCCAUCGCCGCGCGUGGGGCCGCCUCGUGGGCAACCAAGUUGUGGUCGCUGUGGGAGGCAGCGGGGCCGCGGUCCCGGCAGUGCCGGCGGCCGGCUUGGGGAGAGCGGCCCCGGCUGCAAUCGCCGCCGGCAUCAUCCGGCGGGGCUGCGCAGCCGGCGGGAGCGACUUGCACCGUCUGGCUUGGGGGAACGGCGGCGGUCAGUGCGCUGCCUCGCUGAGCGCAUCUACAGUCCGGUGUGGAAAAUGGGGCUCUUCCAGACACGGGAAAAGGACCGAGCUAGACACGAAGUUUCCGGGAGGGUCUGUGGAUAUUGUCGGUGAUCUUGAAAACUCCAGGACAAAAAUGAGAAGCGCCGUGUCAGUUCGAGAGGGGCAGGGAGUCGUGCUGCUCUGCGGACCACCCCCUCGGACAGGAGAACUGUCAUUUGCUUGGAUCUUCAAUGAAUAUCCAUCAUUUGUACAAGAGGACAGUCGGCGAUUUAUUUCUCAAGAGACUGGUCACCUCUACAUAGCCAAAGUCGAGCCGUCAGAUGUGGGAAAUUACACCUGUGUUGUAACCAGCACUGUGACCAACAGCCAAGUUCUUGGGUCACCAACACCUCUAGUGCUGCGCACUGAUGGUGUGAUGGGGGAAUACGAACCCAAAAUAGAAGUUCAGUUUCCUGAAACACUUCCUGCAGCUAAAGGCUCAACUGUGAAGCUGGAAUGUUUUGCACUAGGAAACCCUGUGCCUCAGAUUAACUGGAGAAGAACUGAUGGUCUGCCACUUCCAAGUAAAAUAAAGCUGAGGAAAUCCAAUGGCAUGAUUGAAAUCCCUAAUUUCCAGCAGGAGGAUGCAGGAUUGUAUGAAUGUAUUACUGAAAACUCAAGAGGAAAAAAUAUUGCAAGAGGGCGUCUCACUUACUAUGCAAAACCUCACUGGGUCCAGACAAUAAAAGAUGCUGAAGUUGCUGUAGAGGACACCUUAUACUGGGACUGCAGAGCAAGUGGGAAGCCCAAACCAUCAUAUAGGUGGUUGAAGAAUGGAGAACAACUGCCAAUAGAGGGAAGGAUCCAAAUUGAAAAUGGUGCACUUACAAUAUCAAAUCUAAAUCUGACAGAUUCUGGCAGAUACCAGUGCAUAGCUGAAAAUAAACAUGGUCUCAUCUAUUCAAGUGCAGAGCUCAGGGUUGUAGCUUCUGCUCCAGAUUUUUCCAAGAAUCCAAUGAAGAAACUGAUUCAGGUUCAAAUAGGCAGCACAGUUGAUUUUGAAUGCAAACCCAGAGCUUUCCCUAACGCCAAAAGUUCCUGGAAGAAGGGAGGUGAGCAGCUACACGAAAAUGAAAGAAUCAAGUUAUUGAAGGAUGGAGGACUAAGAAUAGCCAACGUGACCAAAGCUGAUGCUGGAAGCUACACGUGCCUGGCAACAAACCAGUUUGGAACAGCCAGUGGCUCAACAAACUUAAUAGUUACUGAGCCAACAAGGAUUAUUUUGGCACCUUCCAACAUGGAUGUCACUGUCGGAGAAAGCGUCGUCUUGCCUUGCCAGGUUCAGCAUGAUCCUAUACUGGACAUCAGCUUCACCUGGUAUUUCAAUGGAACGCUCACUGAUUUCAAAAAGGACGCUUCCCAUUUUGAGAAGGUUGGAGGGAGUGCGUCGGGAGAUUUAAUGAUUAGAAACAUCCAGCUGAAACAUAGUGGAAAAUAUGUUUGUAUGGUGAAGACAGAAGUGGAUAGCGUAGCAUCUGCAGCAGACCUUAUCGUACGAGGCUUACCUGGGCCCCCUGAACAUGUGAAAGUGGAUGAAAUAACUGAUACCACAGCUCAGAUCUCCUGGCAAGAAGGCACAGAUAAUCACAGCCCAGUAACCACUUACACCAUACAAGCAAGGACGCCCUUUUCAGUUGGCUGGCAGCGAGUUACAACAGUUCCAGAUGUGAUCGAUGGGAAAACAUUCACAACCACAGUAGUGGAUUUAAACCCUUGGGUUGAAUAUGAAUUUCGUGUAGUUGCCAGUAACAAAAUAGGAGGUGGAGAACCUAGUUUACCCUCAGAAAAAGUAAGAACUGAAGAGGCAGUUCCUGAAAUUCCCCCCUCGGAAGUCAGUGGGGGAGGAGGCAGCAGGUCUGAACUGGUCAUAACAUGGGAUCCUAUCCCUGAAGAGUUACAAAAUGGAGAAGGAUUUGGCUAUGUUGUUGCCUUCCGCCCCUUUGGCACCUCAACAUGGAUACAGACUGUGGUCACCUCUCCUGACACACCAAGAUACGUCUUUAGGAAUGAAAGCAUCCUCCCCUUUUCACCAUACGAAGUCAAAGUUGGUGUCUAUAACAAUAAAGGAGAAGGGCCAUUUAGUUCAGUCACCACUGUUUUUUCAGCUGAAGAAGAGCCUAGCAUAGCACCCUCCGGCGUAUCUGCAACCAGUCUGUCAUCCUCAGUCAUUGAGGUUUCCUGGAUGGCCAUUCCUUGGAAGAUGAGUAGUGGAAGGUUACUUGGCUAUGAGGUUAGGUACUGGAAUAAUGGUGAAACAGAAGAAUCUUCAAACAGAGUAAAAGCUGCAGGGAAUGAGACAUCAGUAAGAAUAACAGGUUUGAAGAGCAACUUAGCAUACUACACAGCUGUCCGUGCUUACAACAGUGCUGGAGCAGGUCCCUUCAGUGCCACAGUAAAUGCUACCACAAAAAAGACACCACCCAGUCAACCACCAGGAAACGUAGUGUGGAAUGUCACCGACUCCAGAGUAAUCCUCAGCUGGGAAGAAGUAAGAGCUAUGGAGAAUGAGUCUGAAGUGAUUGGGUAUAAGGUUCUGUACAGGACCCUCAGUCAGAGAAAUAUGAAUGUGCUGAACACAGACAAGACAACAGCUGAACUUGUGCUCCAGUUUAAUGAAGAUUACAUUAUAGAAGUAAAAGCAACAACGGAGGGUGGAGAUGGCACUAGCAGCGACCAGAUCCUGAUUCCCAGGCUAGCUAGUAUGGAUGCAAGAGGUUCUGGUCCAUCCAUCUUGAGUAUCUUCAGUGUAUCCAGCUUCUUUUCAAUGCUAUUUUCCUUGACCCUUAAUUCAGUCUUGUGA